GCGACUGUAUAUACUUUGCUGAUGGUAUGCGCCCUUUAGAUUUUAGACACCGGGUGCACCGUUUAUUCUGUCAGAGCACAACCCUCCUCGGACUCAGGAUACUCUUCUAGAUGAAGCUCUUUUAUUCCUUUCUCCUAAGCUCAUGAUGUCUAUAUGCAACAGCGAACCGAACUCAUAUGGUGGGCUUGGAGACCUAAGGCAGAGUUACUUUGUCUUCCUGGCGAGUGGUGGGGUUCUGGUUCUGCACUUCUAUGGAUGGAAGCCGGAGCUAAGUUCCUUAGGUUCAACUCUAUCAAAAUGUGAGUACCCACAGAUGGUUGUCGUUGUUGCUUUGCCCCACUGUGAGAUUGCGGGUCUGACAGAGCUAUUUUUUGUUUUUAUUUUUUUGUUUGUUCUUGCCCAUCGCCUGGUUUCUUCAUUGUUCCGUUCUCAUGGUGUUCCUAUGGAACCUACUCAUCUAACCUUUUCGGCUGUACGACACACAGAACACUAAGUAGAUCUAUUGAUUCAUUUAGACUACCGAAGGAAGUCAUGUGCCGUUGUCCACAUGACUGCGCCUUAAUUCUAAUUGUACUGCGCCAUUGCAAUAACAUCGCUCGCCGAAAACUCUGCCACUACCGCGGGAGGGAG